CUUUCCACGUGGACGUGCAGCGCGCAACCACAGGAUUCCUCCCGGAAGUGACGGAUAGGCGGCGAUGGCGGCUCGCAGUUUCAUUCCGGAUUUCUACUGGACUACAAACUGAUUUUAACCGGGCCGGUUAGACUUUCUGGAACUUUUGUAAAGCCGACUCUCUUCAGGCGCCGGGCGGAGGGAAGUCGCGUUGAGCAGGUGCUCGGUCAACAAGCGAGCCCACAUCUUUUUUGGGGGAUAUUUCUAUCCUAGUUUCAAGGUGGUCACCCUGUCGAGCUAGCGGUAGCUUGGUGGCUACAAGCUAACGUUAGCCGGCACACAGCUAGCUCCCCAGCUAGCUUGUCAACGAGCUGCGUGCUAAAGGUCCAUACAGCGGCGGCAGCCGUCGCGCAGCGGCUUUCCCCUUCUCGACCGCGUCCUCGUUCGUCUUUCACAGUUACACGGCGGGUGCUUUCUAUUUAAUGCUAAUCGUGCCACAAGUGUGCAGAGCGAGGUACUCACACGUUUGCUUGGCCUCUUGUUAAUUUGAAUCGCUAGUUUGGCGGUUGUGGCUAAAGACUGGUUCUGCCUGCCACUAGCAAGCAAGUUGCCCCGGUAGUUGAUCCAACAACUAAGGGUAGGAGCUCGCUGUCAGCUGAGAAUUUAAGUUUGGGCUACCGUGGGGUCUUUGCGUGCUCGUCAACAUGCUGAAGACCCGGCAAUGUUUACUUGGCAUCCGCACUUUCCUCGGCGUAACGUCGAGAAUAUGGGGCUUCAUCAUGUACAUCCUCAGGAAGCACCUACGAACGAUAAUCCAGUAUCAGACGGUGCGAUACGACACUUUGCCGCUGUCGCCCAUCUCCAGAAACCGACUCAAUGCAGUAAAGAGGAAGAUUCUGGUCCUGGACCUGGACGAGACGCUGAUUCACUCUCACCACGACGGCGUCCUCCGACCCACAGUGAGGCCUGGCACGCCGCCAGACUUCAUCCUCAAAGUAGUCAUCGACAAGCAUCCAGUCAGGUUCUUCGUACAUAAAAGGCCGCACGUCGACUUCUUUUUAGAAGUGGUGAGCCAGUGGUACGAGCUGGUGGUUUUCACAGCCAGUAUGGAGAUCUACGGCUCCGCAGUGGCCGAUAAGCUGGACAACAAUAGGAACAUCCUGAAACGCAGAUACUACAGACAGCAUUGUACAUUGGAUCUAGGUAGUUAUAUUAAAGACCUUUCCGUAGUACACGAUGACCUAUCCAGUAUUGUCAUCCUGGACAACUCGCCUGGUGCUUAUCGUAGUCAUCCAGACAAUGCAAUACCAAUCAAGUCCUGGUUCAGCGACCCUAGUGAUACAGCACUUCUUAACUUGCUGCCUAUGCUGGAUGCACUAAGGUUCACUGCUGAUGUUCGCUCCGUCCUCUGCCGAAACCUCCACCAGCAUCGACUCUGGUGAUUGGCUAAAUCGAGCGGGGGGGGGGGGGGGGCUUGUUGACCAGCCUCGUCCCCCUGUGCCGGCUUCCAUCCUGCCCUCCGUUCCCGCCCAGGCGACCCACCAGCCCUCUCUGAGCCUCUCAGACGCGUCCUGGGGAGACGAGGGCUGGGGGGGCGACCGCCUGACACGGGAUGAAAAGUACGUGGUCACCAAGGAGCCCACAAACUACUGAGGGGGGUGGGAGGGGCAGCUUGCUUCUUUUUUUCUCGAUUCUUUAUUUGUAUGUUUUUUUUGUUUUUUUUUCAAAACAAAACGGAGCCUCUCUGCCUUAUUGCUCCUGAUGCUGACUGUGUGCAUACGGAGGUGAGCUCGUGUACGAGAGUCGGAGUAUGUCAGUCCUUUUUAAAACUUUUUUUUGAAAAUCUGGACGGGGGAGAUCAGCAACGCAACGAAAGACGAUUCUACAUCAUGUCUCCUUCUCCAUCAUCCUUAGACGUUGCACUUAAGCAGACGAUUGAUUGGCCUCUCAGUGCGACUGAGCGGGGGGGGAUGGAAAGCCGCCCCAUUUUUAGAUCAACCUCACGCGCCCAAAAGGUAAUCGACUCCCGAGGUUUAUUUCCCCCCAACAAGGAUGGACUUUUGCUUGCCACAUACCCUCCACAGGCAUUUUUCUGGACAAAUAGCCGAGCAGCCUGAGAUCUUUUGUUUUAGUUUUUCAGCCAUAAACAUCGCUCUUUCCACAAAGCCCCACGUGGAAAAACUGGACUGAAACGUGAGAGAAAGAAAAGAAUCUGCUUGUAACAGUACGUGGACUGCAGUGCCGCCUUUCCAUAUCCGAUUGUUUCUCAAUUAUGGUCUGUGACGAUAUGACUUCUUCAAACCACAACUUUUUGCCCCCCUUCUCCUUCUCCUUUGCCAUCUGACGCCAUCUUGAUUUCAGCGAAUAGGAAUUGCACUUCAUUUUUUUUUUUCUCCCCUUCUAUAUAUAUAUAUAUUUUUUUUUUGUUGCAGUUGGUUUUGUAUUUGAUUCAAAUUUGCAGCCUUUCGGUUUUCACCCGCUCCGCUGACUGUAUGGGUUCAACUAUUGGACUCCAAAUGCCUUGUGAACAAUGUCUUGUUGUCAAGGCUCACACCGGCUUCUCAUUGGCUCUGUCUCCAGGUCUGUGUUACUAAUAAAACACUUGUCAGUAUCGGACCAUUCUUAUCUAGCUUGUUCUUUUUUUUUUCUUUUUUUUUUGAAUCAAAUUCAUUCUGCAGACUUUGCUCUGGGGGGUGAAAACAAAAAAGCUUAAGAGGAUUCCCUCAAUGUCUGCUGGAGGCAAGUUGUUUUUUUGUUUUUUUGCCCAACAGCCUGCUGCCAUCGUGUGGCGUGACGGGAAACGGCAUUUGCCCGCUCAGUAUUCAGAGAAACUGUAUUCAACGUCGAUGCCGGUUUUUCCAACAAAAAAAAAAAAAAAAAAAA